UAAGUUGUUAGAAUUGGAGAAAAGCUAAAAGCGAAGACUAAAAUUAAUAGUGUUUAGUUGUAAAAAUUAAUAAUUAUAACGAUGAAUGCCGCAUCUUCACCUCGUUUAAAUCGUGCUCGUAUUGCAACUUCGCCGCCGGAAACUAUACGUUAUCCGACAACGGAUGUUCGAACAUCGCAUACGAUAAAUAUACCGCCGGUCACGCAGGCAAAUCGCACAUAUCAAGGAUUAAAAACUUCCGAAAAUGAUGAAAUGAAUUGCGUGGAAAUGUUGGCUACCACAAUAUCAAUAAUUAUAAUGGUCUUAACAUUUCCCAUCUCAAUAUUUAUAUGCUUUAAAGUAGUAUCCGAAUAUGAGAGAGCUGUGAUAUUUCGAAUGGGUCGUUUGCGUAGUGGAGGUGCAAGAGGACCUGGUGUUUUCUUUGUUUUACCCUGUGUCGAUGAUUAUUGCAAAGUAGAUUUGCGUACGGUAUCAUUUGAUGUGCCACCUCAAGAAGUGUUAUCCAAAGACUCUGUGACGGUAACGGUAGAUGCGGUAGUUUAUUAUCGCAUUAGUGACCCAUUGAAGUGCGUUAUACAAGUAUCCAAUUAUAGUCAUUCUACACGUCUAUUGGCUGCCACUACCUUACGCAAUGUUUUAGGUACGCGUAAUUUAUCUGAACUUUUAACCGAAAGAGAAACUAUAUCGCAUACUAUGCAAAUGUCCCUAGAUGAGGCUACCGAUCCCUGGGGAGUUAAAGUGGAGAGGGUAGAAAUCAAAGACGUUUCCUUACCCACAGCUCUGCAGAGAGCCAUGGCUGCAGAAGCCGAAGCAGCCCGUGAGGCACGAGCUAAAGUAAUUGCCGCUGAAGGUGAAAUGAAAUCAGCUAGGGCUCUAAGAGAGGCUUCUGAGAUCAUAUCAGCCAGCCCUUCUGCUUUACAGCUCCGCUACUUGCAAACUCUGAAUAAUAUAUCGGCCGAAAAGAAUUCUACCAUUAUUUUCCCCUUGCCCAUGGAUCUUUUAACGCCUUUCCUGUCACAUCAAACCACACAUUGUAGGCACAAUCAUCAAUGACAGUGACGUUUAGCUUUAAAGCAGUAUUUAGAUGAGCUGCACUCUUGCGAACUAAAAAACGAUUCAAAUACGAAAAACGAUUCAAAUUUAUAAAUAAAUUACUUUUAAGUUGAUAAGUCUUUUAAAAAACAUCU